AUCGGCUUGUUGCUUUUUGUUCUGCCGGUCGCCUGCAUUUUCUCAUUUAAUUUAUUUCCACUAAUUAAAGACUGUACUCAACAUGUCGGAACAAUGGGAGGUGGUAUCUAAGUCGCGCAAGCAAAAGAAUCUCGACAAGAAGGUUAUCGCGCACACGGAGCAGAAGAGAAUUGCAGCCCAGAUGCCGAAACUUGAGGAGCUGUUGCCAACUCAGCGGUAUCGUAAUUUGUUCGGCUCCACCACAAACAACAAUAACAAGUCCCAUUCACCUGCAAAAUCCAGUUCAAGUGCUUCGUCUUCCUCGAAAACCAAUAAAUCGCCAAUUAAGAAGAAUCCUGUGAAGAAUGCCGGUACAUCGAAUCAGAGAAAGACCACGUCGUCGACGUCUGUGGCAAAACCAAAAACCCUGGAGCUGGCUCUUAGAAACAUCACCAGGGAUGAUUUUGCUGCCCAACUAGAGCAAGUUAAGCUAAGUUGUCCUGGUUCUGAACUGCGCUGGCUAAGUCACAUUGCCCAGUACUUUAAUGGCGCCCUAUCCUACGAUUGUGAUCCCAUAUUUUCUGGCCGAUCGGCUCAGUAUCCCAGCAAUUUGGCCAGUGCAUCACUUAAGUAUUCAGUUGUGGAGUUCCUGGGCAGCGUGGGUGAACAAAAUUUGGAGUAUUUUUUCUAUUCUUUAUUGGACAGCAUGGCCACCGAUCUAAAUAACAAUCAGACUGUGGCAGGUUAUAAGCUAGUGUUGCAAUUGAUCGGUCAGAACUGGCCUAAUAUUUGCUCCAGAAACCUGGCCAAGACCGCAUUGCUAAGGAACUCCUAUCAGAACCGCAGCAACAUUUGCCUGAGCAUCCUUUGGGCGAUUGGACAAGGCGGCUACCAAUCGCUGAACGAGGGCGUCAGGGUGUGGCAGAACCUUAUGCUGCCCAACUUGGAGCUUAAGCAAUACACGAAAUUUGUGGUGGAGUAUAUGGAACGGGCUCUGAGUGCGGCAGCUGCCAGGAAGACGGUGGAUCCCCUGCAACUCAAUCAGCAGGAGUUCUUUGCCACCUAUAACGCAUUGAAUGCGCCAUACAACAAUCUGCCCAAGGACUGGCAGCAAAGUCUAAAGCGAAGUGCGCGUUUGUUGCUGCAAAACUAUAUUGACAGUCCUGUGAAGCAUGCCAAUAUAUUCCUGACGCUCUUCCGCGAAAUAACAGCAAACACCAAGCAGAAUAACGAGAUCGAAGGCUGUAUUAGUUGCCUGCUUAGCAACGGUAGAGAUGAUUGCCUGAGAGUAUGGCGCAUGAACUAUAAAAAACAACAGUUACCCAGUCUAUUGCUAUUAAAAGCCAUAGAUGACAAUUGGACAACGUCUACCUAUGAAUUGGCUACAUCACCGGUGUAUCACACUUUUCUGCAAGAUAUAGAAAGUCUGAACGAAGAACUUCAGGCUAGCAAGCGAAAAGACGGCAACUUGGAAAAUUUAAAAAUUGUUUUGAUGAGCGUCCAAGAGAAGAGCAGCGCUCAGCAGAAAAAGAACAAACAGAAUGCUGCGGCACAGAAAAAGAAGUGCGGAUGCUGCAAGUGGACCUUGGGCAGCAUUUUCAUUAUCGCUCUGAUUGCCGGAGCUCUGUACUAUGACACCGAGGUUAACGGCAAGGGAGUAUUCGAGAAAUCGGCCUCCGGCAAGGUACUGAAGAACGCCGGAGUGUUGCCGCAUGUCCAGAAGACCUGGUACACGGUCAUGAGCGCUGGAGCUCGGGGUUACAAGUGGGCGGAGGUGAAUGUUCCACCUUACGCAGAACCAGCGAUCAAGACCAGUGGAGACCUGUGGAAGCUGGCGAGAAACGCGGCCUGCAACGUUUUCCAGAACGGCAAGGAAUACUUCGCAGUCAAGUGGCCCGUUGUUGCCAAAUUCAUUGACCAAUACGUGCCCAAUUUGUCUGGUAAGAUCGAAGCCUUUGCCGCGGGCGUUAGCGAUUUCGCCGUCAGCAGCUACGAUAAGUCUGCCGCGCUUAUCAAGGAAAAGGUGCUUGUUGGCCGUUUCUCGCCCGAGAACAUCAAUCAGGCGCUGAACCAGACGCGCAUCGCCGCCCUGGAGUACUACAACCAGUUUCACAAAAAGGUCGACGCUUAUGCCAAGCUCAAAUGAUUCUAAGCGUCAGGCACGCUUACCUCUCUAACAGCAACAUCAUCAGCAGCUGCAGCAGAAGGAAACACAAAACGCGUCAUAGUAAAUAGUGCAGGAAACCCCAACAUUUCGCAAUUAGUUAAAAAACCGGAAAAUGUUCUACAGUCGAAACUCAAAAAGACAUUCACAUUCAUCAACAACUUCUCGUCAGGUCUAAUUAAGAAAAAGCAAUACGAGCUAAACAUUGUGGAUGCCGCCGAUAGUGUACACUAAACACCUAGUAAAUUCAACCUCUAUACUGAUAAAUUAGUUAAAAAUCCGAAAAAAAUUCUGUUGUACAACACUUGUUUAAACAUUUUUCUCCCAGAAGAGAAAAUUAUAUUUUUAAAUUGAAUUUUGUUUACAACGGCUUCAGAGUUUUGUAAAAAGUUAUAUUCUAAAAAUUUUCGUAAAUGUAAUUAUUUAAGAGCGUUUUUUAUGGCGAUGCGCGAAGUGUUAACGAAAUGGUGUUAACAGAACUUAACAAUUCCAGCUGCAUUUUGAAGGCAAACAAUAGAUUCAAAUAUUUUUAUA